AUGUCCUUCAAACCGAUCAAGACAGGCGUCGUUGGGGUAGGGUUCGGUGGACUAACCUUUCAUAUACCUUUCAUACUAGCAUUGCCGCGGCAUUUCAUUUUGCAUGCGGUGGUUGAGAGAACCCCAUCGGCUCCUGGAGGCAAGCUGAAGGAACGCUUCGGUGGAGAGGUUACUGCGAACGUCAAGCUCUACACGACAUAUCGGGAGCUAGUGGAUGACCCAGAGAUCGAGCUGAUCAUCGUGACGACGCCAAAUAACACCCACUUCGAUUUUGCGAGACAGGCUCUUGAAGCGGGUAAGCACGUACUGGUGGACAAGCCCGUCACUACAAAUACGUCAGAGGCCUGGGAAUUAGGGGCUUUAGCAAGGCAAAAAGGCAUCGUACUCUACCCGUACCAGAACUGUCGGUUCAACGCCGACUUCCUGGCUCUGCGCCAGCUGUUGCGGCUGCCCGCGGACCACCCACAGUCACUGGGCACACUCAUCGAGUUUGAGUCGCGAUAUGACCGCUAUCGCACCGCAAUCAAGAACAGCUGGAAGAACGUACCUCUCCCCGGUACCGGUCUGACAUACGACCUUGGCUCGCACCUCAUAGAUCAGGCGCUCGUGCUAUUUGGACGGCCGGCCAGGGUCACUGCGUUCAUCGACAACGUCAGAGGAAUUGGCACUGCAGAGGUGGAUGACUGUUUCACAAUCUUCCUGCAUUACCCGCCGCGCCCCGGGCGCGCAGGCAUUCAGCCUACGUCCUUUACGGCGAUCCUGCGAUCACACAUACUGUCCGUGCGCUCCCCUCAGCUGCGCUACGUCGUCCGGGGGACCACGGGCACCUACAUCAAGACCGGACUCGACGUGCAGGAGCAACAGCUCAAAUUAUACACGAAUCCCGCGGACAUCGUCGGGGAUCCAGCGUACGGCGUCGAGAAUGAGGCGCUCUGGGGGACACUAGAGAAUCUGGGCGGCAAGGCGGGAGAAUUCGAGGUCGUGAGAUCCACGUGGCCGACUACGGAAAGGGGCAAUUACGCCGCACUAUUCGUGAAUCUGGCAGAGGUGAUCCGCGAAGGCAAGGAAGCGUUGGUCAAGUGGGAGGAGUCAGCGGAGGUGAUCGAGAUCAUCGAGGCGGCGUAUCAGAGUGCGCGUGAGGGGCGGACAGUAACAAUCGCCGACAACUAG